CAGCUUCUCAAUCUCCAAAAUAUCCAACGGAACCCACUGUCCUUGAAGUGGCUACAAAUGUCACAGGAAUCUUUGAAAUGGAACCGGAGACUGCAAACUCGACUAACCAUCAGGCAUCGACGGGCACGGAGAAUGAACACAAUACCAGUAGUCAUAAUAUUGUUAAUCAGACAGCAAAUGACAACCCCGGAGAGGCUUUAUCAAACACCGAUGAAUGGGAGGUUGGUGUUGCUGCAGCGAAAAUUGUCAAUAAUCAGGUUAUAGAUAAGGAAGAGAAUAUUGUUGAAUUUCUUAUCGAACCCCAUACUGGUGUUUCCUUCCUUGUAAAACUUGAUGAUGGAAAGGAGUUGGCUGCAGUAGGUUUGAGGAAGAAGUCUUUCCUAGGAAUCGGUAUUAAGAUAUAUGGAUUCGGGAUAUAUGCAGAAACUGAGAAACUUAAGGAGCUUCUAAGAUCUAAGAUAAAUGAAGUUUACCUUGCUGCUGCGAAACCAACAGCAGAGAUGUAUCAGAUGGUAAUAGACAGUGAUGUAGGGAUGGCUGUGAGACUAGUUCUCGUCUUUCCUGGCAUCACUAUGAGCAUGGUUAGAAAGAAUUUCGAUGAAGGGCUAGGAGCAUCCAUAAAAAAACUCAAUGGUGGUGAAGAGAAUAAUGAACUUACUAACAUGGUUAUGGGUGAAGCUUCAAAUGAGAUCAAACUACCAGCUGGUUCUGUAAUAGAAAUAACAAGACUUCCGGGAUACAUUCUCCAAACAAAGGUGAAGGAUGAAGUGGUGAGCAAGGUAGAGAGUGAAUUGCUCUGCAGGGCCUACUUCAACAUGUAUUUGGGAGAUGAUGUGUUCGACAUGGAUGCAAGGGAAAGGUUCGGGCGUAUCUUUCCUAGGGAAAAAUAUGUAUGAAUCGCAAGUAUCAACAUUACGUACUCAAGUUUGUAAAAGCCUGUAUUCUACGCUGUCAAAUUAAGUUGCGAGACUCUUCUAGUUGAAUCUCAUAUCUGUUCCAGUAAAUGGAUCAUUCUUUGUCGAUUAUUUGAAACAAAACAAGUGGUAAAACAUCAAGGUGAACAAAUUUGUGAUACAAAAUCUCCGGCCAUAUUAUUUUUUACAAAGGAAAACCAUUUGAGAAAAAAAUGGUACAAAAACCCAAUUUCCUUUUAUAAUGUAUAAAUUUAGUUUUUAAUAAUUUUGUAAAUUUCCUCAAUUGGCCUUCUGUAUAUAUUAUAUGUGUUCUAAAAGAAAACUUUGGCGGAAGAAACAUUUAGAGAGAGAAGAAGAUAUCUUCUCCAAAAAAAUAAGUAUCACAGAAAAUUCGAGGUCUUCUUUUU